AUGGUGGAUAACACUGCGGGAGGUAACAUUGCAAGGAAGACUGAAGACGAUCUCAAUAAAAUCUUCAAGACAUUAGCUGAAAGCUCCCAACAAAAGACAGUCCGUGGAAGGAAGGCAGAGGCUAGUGCAGUGGCACCCAGUUAUGAGCUCCAAAAGCAGAUGGCCGACAUGAAGAGAGAGCUGCAGCAGCUGAAGAUGGACAAGGUGGCAAACCCUCCUACCCACCAACCGAAUGUCGAGAGAUGUGGCAUUUGUGGUGAUUUUGGCCAUGGAGCCAACGAGUGUCAUAGGAUGAGCGAGCGUACUUAUGAAGGAGGAGUAGAUGUCUUUGCUGUGCAAGGGUUAUCAGGACCAACCGCAGUUUUAUCCACCUCAGCAGCAAUUCCCCGUGCAACAAGGGAGUUUCCAGCAAUCGCAGGUCCGCAGCAGUAUCAGAAUGUCCCUCAACAGUUUCAGAAACCAGCCCCACCACAAAAGCCGUCUCUUGAGGAUACGAUGCAAUCUUUCAUGGCGAUGACCAAGCAAAACAUGGAGUCUCAAUCCGCCACUAUUAAGCGCCUCGAGAUUAUAGUUGGACAACUAACGGGGGCCUUGAGUCAGCUGCAGCAGCAACAGCCAACUGGGAAGUUCCCAAUUCAGGACCAGCAGCCGCAUCAAGCUCAUGCUGUGGCAGUUGUCAAUGAAGAUGCCCCAAUCACCACAGGGAAAUGGAGAAGCAAAAUUAUGGAAGCAAUCAAGGCUAUCCAGUGCCCCAGUGAGCCUCUGCCACCCUUCACUGUUGCCCCAGACCAUCCACCACUCAAGCAAAGAGAUCUAGAUAGCUUUAUUUUCAAUAUUAGUUUAGGUGGGGUUGAAGAGAUUUCGAGAAUGCUUGACUUGGGCGCGACAGUCAAUUUGAUGCCGCUUGAUAUAUUUGAAAACCUGAAACGAAAUUGGAGAGAAUGGGGGAAGCGGAUCUCAAAUCUAUUUGGGGAUCAGAAGAUUUUGGAUUCGCAGUUCGCAAUGCAGAAGGACAUCCCGGGAGCUCUGAUCGUGAACGGGGUGUGGAAAAUAGGUGAUGUUCGUUGCUGCUUGGUGAACGUUUAUGCCCCUCAACGGUUACAAGACAGAGAGCAGCUGUGGGAUAGGCUGGAUUUGGUUGUGAGGCAGAAUAGGGAUACUUGUGUGUGCUUUGGGGGAGAUUUUAAUUCGAUUAGAAAUAUUGCCGAAAGAAAUGGAAGGGGCACGCAGGUUUCGACUAGAGAUAUUCAGUUGUUUGACCUUUUUGUGAGAAGAAGCCAGAUGGAAGAAAUUAGACUCCAAGCAAGAACGUAUACGUGGUAUCAACCACAAGGGAUGUGCAAAUCAAAACUCGACAGAUUCAUGGUAAAUGAAGAAUGGCUAUCAGUUUGGGCUCACACAAAGGCGAGAGGGCUUCAAAGGUCGAUCUCUGAUCAUUGCCCAAUUCUUCUGGAAACGAAAAAGGUGGACUGGGGACCGAAACCUUUUAGGUUCUUCAAUGCCUGGACAAGGUAUCCGGAUUUUGAUUCAGUGGUUCUGAACUCUUGGCAACGAAGCGGUAUUUCUGGAAGGAGUAGCUUUGUUUUCAAAGAGAAAAUCAAAAGACUGAAAGAAGAUCUUAAGGUUUGGAGCAGGUCGGGAUUCGGGAUCGUUGAGGAGAAUAUUUCAAAUCUGAAGAAGGAAAUUCUCAAGUGGGACUCCAUUGAUGAUAUCUUCGGGCUGGAAGAGGAAGAAGCACUUUUGAAAAGUGAAGCGGAAGCGAAUCUCUUCACUCAGCUGCAACAUCGGGACAGUACCCUAGCCCAAAGAGCGCGCAACCGGUGGCUUAAAGAUGGGGAUCUGAACAGCAGCCUUUUCCACAAGGCUAUUAAUGGAAGAAGAGCCAAGAAUGAUUUUUCGGGGCUUUUUGUGGAUGGAGCUUGGAUCCAGGAGCCCUUUGAUGUUAAAAGAGCGGUCAAGGAACAUUUUCACUCUCAAUUCAGGAAAAGACUCAGAGCACGUUCGGUUUUACCAGCUGAUUUUGUUAACAGAAAAAUUUCAGAUUCAGCAAGAGUGUGGCUGGAUCGACCGUUUUCUGUGGAGGAGGUCAAGAUGGCGGUGUGGAAUUGCGACAGUGGAAAGAGUCCAGGGCCAGACGGGUUUAAUUUUCUGUUUAUGAAGAGAUGUUGGGAAGUCAUAAAAGGAGAUUUGAUGGAGGUGAUGCGAGAGUUUCAUGCAAAUGACAAAUUGGUGAGAGGAAGCAAUUCUUCUUUUGUGGUGUUAAUUCCGAAAAAAACCACGGCAUCGGAGCUUCGAGACUUUAGACCCAUAUCACUUAUCAGUUGCAUGUAUAAGGUGAUUGCUAAAGUUCUUGCAGCCAGAUUGCAGCAAGUCUUGAAGGACAUUAUCUCGGAGCCCCAAAGCGCGUUCGUGGAAGGAAGGUUUAUCCUUGACGGAGUUGUGGUACUAAAUGAGUUGAUUGAGUUCGCUAAGAAAAAGAGAAGAGGCCUCGCUCUGUUCAAAGCUGAUUUCGCCAAAGCUUACGACACGGUGGACUGGGAUUUUCUGGAUAAAAUGUUGGAGCUAUUUAAUUUCAGCCAAAGGUGGAGAAGGUGGAUUUCAGGUUGUCUUCGAUCGGCAUCUACUAACGUCCUUGUUAAUGGGAGCCCAUCCGGGGAAUUCCAACUCGAACGUGGAAUCCGUCAAGGCGAUCCGCUAUCACCUUUCUUGUUUUUGGUUGUGGCGGAGGGUUUGAAUAUUCUCACGGAAAGGGCAGUUCAGAGGGGACUUUUAGAACCUUUCAAUGUCGAAAAUGGGGAUCUCCGAGUGUCACACCUUCAAUACGCAGAUGACACCAUGUUUCUAGUCUCAGAGAAGGUUGAAAAUGCCCGGGCGAUCAGGAGUAUUCUCAAGAUCUUUGAAGUGCUUUCUGGCCUGACUGUGAACUUUGAGAAAAGCUGCUUUGUCGGAAUCAACAUCCAAGACGAUGCGGGAUCUGUUAUGGCAGAUCAUCUCAAAUGCUGUGUUGGAUCACUCCCAGUUAAAUACCUUGGAGUCAAGAUUGGGGGACAUCUUUCAAGGGCGACGGACUGGUCUUAUGUGGUGGAGAGAGUAAAAAGGAAGAUCAACGGCUGGAAAGAGAGGAGGAUUUCUUUUGCCGGAAGGGUUACUCUUCUUCGAUCGGUGCUUUUCUCCAUCCCUAUCUACCAAUUAUCUUUCUCAAAAAUCCCAAAAAAGGUGUUAUCCGAAAUUAGAUCUUUGAUGUGUAAGUUUCUUUGGGUGGGAGGAGUGGAAGGUAAGAAAAUUUGUUGGGUCAAAUGGGAGGAGCUGUGCCGGGAGCAUAGGGAAGGGGGUCUUGGACUCAAAAAUUUGGAAUGGUUCAAUUCGGCACUCAUGGCUAAAUGGUUAUGGAGGUUUCUUUCGGAAAGAGAGUCUUUGUGGGCGCGAGUGAUUAAGAGUUGUCAGGGGGAAAUCUUUUGGGAUGGUGGGGGUUUUCGAUUGAAGGGGAGAAGUGAACCGAAAACUGGAUGGUGGAGAAAAGUGUUGAGCUUGAGUUGGGGUCCGAAUGGGAAGUGGCUCAGGGAAAAUCUGGAAAUACAAGUGGGAAAUGGAGCAUCGGUUCUUUUCUGGCACCACUGUUGGAUAGGAGAGAGUAAUCUGUCAGAGAUUUUUCCAAGACUUUGUCGCCUUAGUACCAAUCAGAACGGGUCGAUUUCGAGUAUGGGGGAGUGGAGGGAAGGAAAUUGGGUGUGGAAUUUUAAUUGGAGCAGGGAACUUUGGGAUAGAGAGAAAGAGCAGGUGCAGUGUCUUGAGAACAUGAUCAGCCAAAUCCGAAUUGAAGAAGGGAAAACAGACAAAUGGAGAUGGAAAGCCUCAAAAGGCGAUAUCUUCUCGGUCAAAUCUGCCUAUAGGGCAAUCAGCACAGACGGAAGCCACAGCCCCAACAGGGGAUUUGAGACGGAGCUUUCUUCCAUUUGGAAAGCCCCGGCUCCACCAAAAGUAAUUACAACGGCGUGGAAAGUGCUCAGAGGUAAACUGGCAACUUGUGAUAAUCUUUUGAAAAGAAAGGUGGUCAUCCAACAUCAGGAGGCCUUGUGUGUUCUCUGCAAGACGACGACUGAGACGGUCGAUCACCUGUUCUUUAGUUGUGAAAAAUCUUAUCAACUGUGGAGCGGAUUGGUCGCGUGGCUUGGCAAGAAAACGACUUUGCAGUGUAAGGUAAAAGAUCAUUUUAAUGCCUUCAUCAAUCUCGGUUGUAAGAAAGAAAAACGUUUUUUGCUUGGUGUGUGGGCUGGUGCGAUUUGGAGUAUUUGGAAGAUGAGAAACGAAUGCAAAUUCCAGCAAGGCGAGUGGAAUUGUUAUAAAGUUGAAGCGGAGCUUAAGUCGAGAUUUUGGAGCUGGAUGACGAUUUUUAAUGUUCAGAAAUCACCUGAGGAUUUUAGGAGCUGGUUUGGAGCAGCAAGAACAGGAGAGUAG